GAAUAAUUUUAAGUUAUUAAAGAAUUGGUAAAUAAAGGAAUUAGUAACGAAUUCAACCUUAAUGCUCAUACUGUAAUUACUGCUGUAGCUUUUGUUUGAUAUGACAACCCAGCAUGAUACAUGGAGAUGCGUCACACAACUGUACCCUUUGUGUCGCGGAGCGUGGUAGUUUAGUCUUAUUGUCGGUACCGUUGAGCUACGACGUUGCUCCUUUUCAUUUAAAUCUUUCCUCCUUUUUAUACGCGAGUGCGCCCAGUGGUUGACGGUGGUACAGUGCAAGUGAAAAAAAAGGGUGGCGUGUGGUCGCAGGAUUUUUCCUUGUUUCUCAGUUUGUUAUUCUUUUUUUUUUACAAUUUAUUUUUUCUAUGUCUCUGCCGGAAGUGAGUGAGUGUGAUGGAAGGGAGCUAUAUGGAUGUAUGGCUUUUUCCGAUUCCGAAUCCGAACCCGUGGACUGGGAAGAUUUUCAAGAUUCCCUUUGGCGGGUAGGAGAAAUUUUCCGGCUUAAUCCCGGGGAACAACGUAGGGCUAGGAGAGGCGCCCUUUUCAAGAUACUCUUCGAGGGGAUUCGUGACGUAAGUGCCACCAAAAGGGAAACCGACCAGGAUGAACCUCCCGCCCUUAUUUCGACUGAAGAACUCCGUCAGCAACAAGAAAGGGCUCACAGGGGCCCUUCACUGGAGGCGGUUGUCGAGUUAUUAAAGUUUGAUGCUGCUCUUCAGUCUUUUCGAAUUUUAGCGGAACUGGAUUCAUCUCGCGGAUUCUUGAUUAAAUUUGGGUCUUGGAGACCGGCUCCUCGCCGAAUGGAUGAAACUGACGUGUGGCAUCACGACGUGCGUUUAGUUCGUGACAGCCACCCCAAACUUUAUUCGAGGACUCGGUGGUAUCAAGAAUAUCGCUGGGAUGAACUUACCCAGCGAUAUCUAUGUCGCGGAUUCUGGGCUCCGGUGAGUGUAAAAUGUUUCGUGCUUGGCUGAGUACAUAGUAGAAACUAAAUAAGUAAGGAAAUUCCUUCUGCUUUCAUCUAAUCUGUUUACGUUCCUUUUUAGCGGGAGUUUGUGGGCCUCUCUGAAGUUACGGAAGGGCAAGCAUUUACUAAAAUGCUUCACGGAGCUUGGCGAGUAGGCGGGCGCAAUAUCUUCUGGUAAGGGCGUGGAAGUAGUUUGUCGUUUUGAUCUUAUGUAGUAAAAAAAACGAGUAAAGAAAUUUCCCCCCCUUUUUUUUUUUAGCUCCAAGCGCGCACUUCCAGCAAUACCUCCUUCUACGGGAUUCUAGCCCUUUGAAAGAAUGUUAAGGCUGACGUUCUUACAAGCUUUCUUUUGGGAUGCCAAGGGGCUGGCUAGGGGAUACAAUCGAUGGGCUUUGGUAAGUUUUUUUUUUUUUUUUUUUUUUUUAGCUGUCAGGGCGUCUGACGCUGUUUAUUCCUUUUUCUUAAAUUUAACGAAUUUAGUUUAUAUAAUUCCCUCAUGACUUAUCCCCUUUUUUUUUUUAGUCCUUCAACAUAGAAAACGAGGAGCAAUGGCAAGAAGUGGGUCCGGAGGGCCUACUCAGAAAAGGGGAGUGGACCAGAGGGGGGGAUGAUUGAUUAUUGUUAUUGAGGGGCUACCCAGGGUUAUUUGCCCCCUUUUUUUUUUCACUUAAGUAAUUAAUUCCCUUUUGUUUCUGUGAAGAGUAAAAAGAAAUAAAUAAAUAAAUUAAAUAAAAUUUAACCGAAUAAACAACGACAAAAUUAUUCAUACCAUCACCCAGCGGCACCGCGGACAGUCGUGUGAGCAGAAACCCGGAAACUGGUUGUUAGAUCAGCUAAUUGAUUAAUGGUUAACCUUAUCAAGAAUAUGGAUCUGUUUGAUUAUAUUUAACGAUAAUAUAGAUAAUCCUUACUUGGAACAUAUAUAUACUGUUGAUAAUUAAAGAAGGUAAAGUUAAAAUUUAGUAUAUAGAUUCUGUUAUUUAACUUAUUCAUGGUAAAUACUGCGGUUUAUUAAUUAUUGAAAUCAUUUAAUAUGUUCUUAAUUCCGCAAUUCCCUGCACAACGACCCGGAGUAAGUACAAAUUAAAAUAUGCUAAGAAGGCAAACGGCUACUGAUUGUAUAGUGAGAACCGUCGCUGACCAGGCACUGACCCAAAACUCCCAUAGCUCAUGGGUGAACGCUCACAUGCCAGGGGCAUGCGCGCGUUCACCAUGUUGACUAAAUGGUAGAAAGGAAGUUUCGGCGAUUUUGAGGGCGGCCCAAGUGGCUGCAUAGUCGGUAAGACCACGUAAGCCUCCCUCAUGAAAAUUCUUCUCUCUUUCUAAUGAAAGAGGGAUUAAGCCGGAACCCGUCCCAACGGUGCUGACGUCAUCGACGCCUCUCACUACACUGUAUUCAACUCUUUUAGGCUUAAUAUUAUAAACAAUUGUUAGUAUAGCAAGAACUGUCGAUGACCAGGCGCUGACCCAAAACUCCCGUAGCUCAUGGGUAAAUAUUCAUGUGCAGUAGGCACAUGAACAUUCACCGCGUUGACUAAACGGUAGAAAGGAAGUUUUAGCGAUUUUGAGGGCAGCCCAAGUGGCUGCAUAGUCGGUAAGACCACGUAAGCUUCCCUCAUGAAAAUUCUUCUCUUUUUCUAAUGAAAGAGGGAUUAAGCCGGAACCCGUCCCAACGGCGCUGACGUCAUCGACACUUCUCACUAUAAUAUAGAGCUUUUACAAGCGGAACCAUU